GGUUUAUAUUUUUUCAUGGAUGUUCUUCUUCGAAUAUUUGUAGAAGGGAUACUAUCAUAUUUUUCUGAUAUACUUAAUUCCAUGGAUGCUGCCAUUAUUGUAGUGACUCUAAUAAUUGAUUUCAAUUAUAUUUUUUAUGACUAUGAGAUUUUUAAAGAUAUUCCCAGAUUGGUAAUUCUCCUUCGGUCUCUACGCCUUAUCAUUCUGAUGAGAAUUUUUCAUCUGGCUUACCAAGAAAGACAGCUUGAAAAAUUGACCAGAAGGAUGGUUUCAGGAAACAAACGACGAUACAAGAAAGAUGGAUUUGACUUAGACCUCACUUAUGUUACUGAACGUAUUAUUGCCAUGUCAUUCCCAUCUUCUGGAAAGGAGUCUUUCUAUAGGAAUCCAAUUCAGGAAGUUGUGCGGUUCCUGGAUACCAAGCAUCGAAACCACUAUCAAGUCUACAAUCUUUGCCGUGAAAGAUCUUAUGAUCCUAAGUACUUCCAUUAUAGGGUCCAUCGAAUCAUGAUUGAUGAUCAUAAUGUCCCCUCUCUGAGUGAGAUGGUGGAAUUUUCCAAAGAAGCACAGAAUUGGAUGGCUCAAGAUGACAAAAACAUCAUAGUGAUUCACUGUAAGGGAGGCAAAGGAAGAACUGGAACUAUGGUUUGUGCGUGCCUUAUUGCCUGUGAAAUAUUUACAACUGCAGAGGACAGCCUUUAUUAUUUUGGAGAACGACGAACAGAUAAAACCACCAGCAGUAAAUUUCAGGGAGUAGAAACCCCUUCUCAGAAUAGGUAUGUUGGAUAUUUUGAAGAUGUGAAAAAUAUUUAUAACUUGACUCUCCCUCCAAGAAAAAUACUUAGGAUAAAAAAAUUUGUUAUUUAUUCAAUUCAUGGUGUUGGAAAAGGCAACGGUGAUGAUCUAAAAGUGAAAAUAAUAAUGCGUCAAAAGAUUGUCUUUUUCUGUUCUGCUUCCAAAAACUGUAGGGUAGUUCAUGAUAUUGAAAGAGACAGAGUAAUAAUUCAUCUAUGCAACAGUCCACUUCUGUAUGAUGAUGUAAAAGUGCAAUUUCUGUCUUCUUCGGAUCUUCCUAAAUACUAUGACAACUGCCCCUUUUUCUUUUGGUUCCACACAUCCUUCAUAGAAAAUAACAGGCUUUAUCUUUCAAGAAAUGAAUUGGAUAAUCCCCAUAAACCAAAAGCAUGGAAAAUUUAUCAUCCAGAGUUUGCAGUUGAAAUUUAUUUUGAUGAUGUUAAGUUGUGCCUGGUAUCUGAUUAAGUGUAGUUCCCCUUCUAGAAUAGAAUCA